UCUGAAGCAAGAGCUUCAAGUUCAGUACGUGGAAAGGGAAAGGUCGAAGCAACGCUACAAUCGGACCUACAAACCUUAACGAAAGAAUUAGACGAGAGGAAACAAGAAUUGACAGUCUUGAAGGAAGCAUUCACCAACAAGGAACACGAGCAGAUCCAGCAGAAGAGCGUGGAAACGGUGAAUGCCAUCAUCAGCGAAGCUACCCAGGAAUUAAUCCAGAAUCAUGCGAUAGAGGUCGAAGAAAAAGACCAAGAAUUGCGCGAUCUAAGGGAAAAGUUAACGACAAUACAAGCUGCGAUUGACGAAUACACCCUGAAGUUGCAAGAUAGCGCGGCCAAGUUGGAAAUGCAACAACAACAAAUCGUGUAUCUGAAGGAAGAUCUAACAGAGCGAAAUUCAAUAAUCGGAGCCACUCAGGCUGAUGCAAAUUUGCUGAACGAAAAAUUGCGAGAGAAGCAACAAGAGCUGAUCCAAUACGAAGAGGAGAAGACGUAUCUCGAGGCAAAAAUAAAAGGAUACUUAGAGGAGCUCGAAUAUCUGAAGAACCAGUUGGACGCCACGGAAGCAACCGUGGUUAAUUUACAAGAGUGCAACUCGCACAUUCAUACCUUGCAGCAAGAAAUCCAGACUCUAAAAUCCGAGAAAGAGUCGAUCCUGUUGCAGUAUGAUCAAGAAACGAAGGCGUAUCAAGCUCGUCUGGAGAAAGAUAACCAGCAGGUUGACGCUUUGAAGCAAGACCUGCGAGAGAAGACUGAACAAUUGCACUAUCUAAGCACCCAAUUAUGCGCCAAGGAGAAUGAUUUGGAAGGCAUCAAGGCCAUGAUGAGUGACAAAGAUUCUUUGUUGGAGAUCAUGAGUCAGGAAUUAAACGAAAAACGAGGCGAUUUAGAAAGAUUGUGCAAUGAACAGCUGCAGAAUUCUCAGAUGGUUGAUAGUCUUGCCUUCAAGACGGGAAAUGACGACGAUGCCGAGCUACAAGGCACCAUAGACGAGCUAAAGGCGCAGAUGGAAGCUAAACAGCAAGAGUUGGAGCAUCUCAAGUAUGUCUUGAGCGAGAAUACGUAUCCCACAAUCAUUCAGCAAAUGCAAGAUAGGAUUAAUUGUCUGUACAAUGAGAAAGCUACCCUGGAAACCUCCUUGCAAGUAGCUUCGCAGACCCUGACGGAGAAGCAGGAGCAAGUAAAUGCUUUGCAACGCAUUCAUGAUCAGAAUCAGGAGCAUAUUUCCAAGGAGGAGUCCAAUUCGCUCUCCAGGGACCGAAGAUCCGCGCAAGAUCAAGAGGAAAUCGUCAGAUUGCAGAACGAGCUUCAUGCGAGGGAGCAGGAAAUUAACGAAUUAAAGUACGUCAUAGCUGAAAAGGACUCGCAAUUGUGUCUGCAAGCCAGUAUGGAGCCCCAAUCGGACGAGUUCGAAUUGCGCGAAGCCGUGCAGCGAUUGACGGGAGAGAUCUAUGGCAAGGAACAGGAGGUGCAAACGUUAAAGUCAACUAUCGUGGAGCUACAAGAGAGAAUCUUGCAUCUGAAAGACUUGGAGAGGCUCUCCGAGGAGAGUAAAAAUGCCAUCGAGAAGCUAACUUCGGAAAAAGAGCAGAUCCGUCUCGAGGCUGAAGAGUUCCUCACCAACGAGUUGCGAAAGAAGGAAUCUGAGAUCGAUGAGAUCAAGAGGAGACUAUCAGAGGAAAAUCAAAAGUUGCUGGCGGAACUUGAACUGAAAGAUAAGGAUAUCGCGAAUCUGAAGAUGCAGUUGGAGGAACUGCAGGUAAUUGUGAAUGAUCGAAGCAAUAAACUGGAACAGAAGGAAAGCGCACUGAUUCGUGCAACUGACGACCUGGCGGAGAAGGAGAGGAGACUGGCCGAGCUGAGCAUCACCAAAAAUGCCGAACUUCACGACUUGAAGAUGCAGAUUCGUGAGAAAGAGGCGCGUAUAGAGGAGCUCUUGGCCUUGUCCACGGAAGAGGAGAGACAACUGGACGAGCUGAGGUAUAUAUUGGCGACUAGGGAAACAGAGAUGAAUCAGCUGAAGGAAUUGUUGGAGCAGAAGGUAUCCGAGUACGAACUGAUGCAACACGCCUUGAAGAAAGAUGCGUCCGUCGUCGAGAUUGCGUCCAAGGAUUCGGAAAGCGUUCAGACAGUCGACAACAUGGAGACCACUUCCAGCGAGUUGGAUCUUGCGCUAUACAUGCUUCAUCAGAGAGAUGUCAGAUGCGAGGAGUUGACUCACGAACUAAUGCAAUUGCUCGAAGAGCGAGAUACGCUACAACUGCGACUGUCUAAUGCGAUUCGAGUGAAUGAAGAAUUGAGAAGGAUGGGUAACGUUGAAGGGAGCCCAACAAAAGACUUAUCAUCGGCCUCGCAAACGGUGAUUGAACCCAUCGUGGAACAACCUUCGCCUUCGAAGUCCGAGGGACCAGUUGAGAUCGCAAAAGAAGCCAUUGAUAUCCCGAUCGAGGACAAAGAAGCUCUUGCAUUGAAAUUGUCGCAGUUGCAUUCAGUCAGUCACACGAAGGACGUGCGAUUAAAGGACGAACGGGAGCUGAGACAUACGCAACAAAUGUCUUUGUUAGCGCACAGAGAUGUUUUAAGUACAUUGCCACCUGAAGCAGCCGCGAGGCUGGUCAACGCUAAUUACACCCUCUGUAGCUCGAGAUGUUCAGAGCCAGUCGAGUGUGCUUUUGAAUUGGUUGUGGGGCAAGAGGCGGAGGAAGAAGAAGAUAACGAUAUGGAUUUAAAAGUGGGCUUCUUUCAUAUGCUAAGUCGGGAAUCAUGCGCGACGAAUAGUUCCACGAGGUUAUGGGUAUUUGGUGAGCCAAGUAAAUCAUGGAUUAGAGAAGAAAAAUGUUAUUCAUAUCGCAUGUGGGUGAAAGUCCGGGGAAGAGUCUUGGGGUUGGGGUUUGGAGAUACGUCGGUAAUUCUAAGUGUCGAAACCCAAUUACACCUGCGAAUAGAAGACUUGCAAGCCAAGAUAAAAGAUCUAGAAGAGCAAAACGCCAAGAUUACCGAGGAGAGUAAAGCGGCUCAGAUAAAGAGCGCUAAAUUGGUGAAAAAAUUGAAGGAGUAUAAAGUGCAGAUGGAGAGCUUGCAACAACAAUUGAAGACGCAGAAGCAGGCUGGCAGCUUCUUCGACCUGGACACGGCGAUCGAGGAGGAGCUGAAGACGCAGAUCGUCAAUUUGGAGAAAACUCUGAAGGAAAUUAAAGAGGAGAAGAAAAAUAUUAUUGCCGAAAAAGAGGCUUUACUGAAGCGACUCGACAUGUUGGUGUCUGCCAAUGAAAGGUACAUGGAAAUGAAGGAGAAACAGGACAUGGAAGUCGAAGUAUUGCGUAUUCAGAACAAGGAACUAGGCAAUAAAGUGCAAUCCUUGGAGUGGCGAUUACAGGAAAAUGCAACCGACGUGCAAGACACUUCUUUUUCGCAACAAGAAGAUCAGAUCGACCCAAAUCACCCCCAGAAAAGAUCAGUGGAAUCUACUGACGACUUUGAAGCGACGUCGAAGAAGUACAAAGAAGAAAUAGACGAUUUGAAGGACGAAUUGGAGGCGCUUGCGGCGGAAAAUGAACAAUUGCAACGCUUCUUGGAAGUACAGAAGGCGACGAUGGCUAAUUUGGAGGCGAAGGCUACUGACAACUCUGGAGAACUCGUGGAAAAGUUAGAUACGUUGAAUAACCAAAAUGCGGCCCUAGAAAGCGCUUUAAACAAAGGCAAGGAAGAAUACGACGUGCUCAGGAAGCAGUUCGAGCAGAGUCUAAUAGACGCGAAUGAUCAAGUGGCAGCGAUGCGACAAAAUAAUGAUUUCCUCAAAGCUGAAUUUCUGGAGAAAAUCGAUAGAUUAGAAACGGAGAUAAAUAAUUUACAGAAAGCUCUAGAAGAGAAGGAGGUCUUGGAAGAGAAGCUCAACGCUCUGAUGAAUCUCGAGGAAAAAUCCUCGACCAUUAAUACAUCUUUAAUGGAAGUCACGGAAUUGCUCAACGCCAGAGUUCAAGAGGUCGCUGAUCUGAAGCAAGAGCUUCAAGUUCAGUACGUGGAAAGGGAAAGAGUCGAAGCGACGCUACAAUCGGACCUACAAACCUUGACGAAAGAAUUAGACGAGAGGAAACAAGAAUUGACAGUCUUGAAGGAAGCAUUCACCAACAAGGAACACGAGCUGAUCCAGCAGAAGAGCGUGGAAACGGUGAAUGCCAUCAUCAGCGAAGCUACCCAGGAAUUAAUCCAGAAGCAUGCGAUAGAGGUCGAAGAAAAAGACCAAGAAUUGCGCGAUCUAAGGGAAAAGUUAACGACAAUGCAAGCUGCGAUUGACGAAUACACCCUGAAGUUGCAAGAUAGCGCGGCCAAGUUGGAAAUGCAACAACAACAAAUCGUGUAUCUGAAGGAAGAUCUAACAGAGCGAAAUUCAAUAAUCGGAGCCACUCAGGCUGAUGCAAAUUUGCUGAACGAAAAAUUGCGAGAGAAGCAACAAGAGCUGAUCCAAUACGAAGAGGAGAAGACGUAUCUCGAGGCAAAAAUAAAAGGAUACUUAGAGGAGCUCGAAUAUCUGAAGAACCAGUUGGACGCCAGGGAAGCAACCGUGGUUAAUUUACAAGAGUGCAACUCGCACAUUCAUACCUUGCAGCAAGAAAUCCAGGCUCUAAAAUCCGAGAAAGAGUCGAUCCUGUUGCAGUAUGAUCAAGAAACGAAGGCGUAUCAAGCUCGUCUGGAGAAAGAUAACCAGCAGGUUGACGCUUUGAAGCAAGACCUGCGAGAGAAGACUGAACAAUUGCACUAUCUAAGCACCCAAUUAUGCGCCAAGGAGAAUGAUUUGGAAGGCAUCAAGGCCAUGAUGAGUGACAAAGAUUCUUUGUUGGAGAUCAUGAGUCAGGAAUUAAACGAAAAACGAGGCGAUUUAGAAAGAUUGUGCAAUGAACAGCUGCAGAAUUCUCAGAUGGUUGAUAGUCUUGCCUUCAAGACGGGAAAUGACGACGAUGCCGAGCUGCAAGGCACCAUAGACGAGCUAAAGGCGCAGAUGGAAGCUAAACAGCAAGAGUUGGAGCAUCUCAAGUAUGUCUUGAGCGAGAAUACGUAUCCCACAAUCAUUCAGCAAAUGCAAGAUAGGAUUAAUUGUCUGUACAAUGAGAAAGCUACCCUGGAAACCUCCUUGCAAGUAGCUUCGCAGACCCUGACGGAGAAGCAGGAGCAAGUAAAUGCUUUGCAACGCAUUCAUGAUCAGAACCAGGAGCAUAUUUCCAAGGAGGAGUCCAAUUCGCUCUCCAGGGACCGAAGAUCCGCGCAAGAUCAAGAGGAAAUCGUCAGAUUGCAGAACGAGCUUCAUGCGAGGGAGCAGGAAAUUAACGAAUUAAAGUACGUCAUAGCUGAAAAGGACUCGCAAUUGUGUCUGCAAGCCAGUAUGGAGCCCCCAAUCGGACGAGUUCGAAUUGCGCGAAGCCGUGCAGCGAUUGACGGGAGAGAUCUAUGGCAAGGAACAGGAGGUGCAAACGUUAAAGUCAACUAUCGUGGAGCUACAAGAGAGAAUCUUGCAUCUGAAAGACUUGGAGAGGCUCUCCGAGGAGAGAUCCGUCUCGAGGCUGAAGAGUUCCUCACCAACGAGUUGCGAAAGAAGGAAUCCGAGAUCGAUGAGAUCAAGAGGAGACUAUCAGAGGAAAAUCAAAAGUUGCUGGCGGAACUUGAACUGAAAGAUAAGGAUAUCGCGAAUCUGAAGAUGCAGUUGGAGGAACUGCAGGUAAUUGUGAAUGAUCGAAGAGAGGAGACUGGCCGAGCGAGCAUCACCAAAGAUGCCGAACUUCACGACUUGAAGAUGCAGAUUCAUGAGAAAGAGGCGCGUAUAGAGGAGCUCUUGGCCUUGUCCACGGAAGAGGAGAGACAACUGGACGAGCUGAGGUAUAUAUUGGCGACUAGGGAAACAGAGAUGAAUCAGCUGAAGGAAUUGUUGGAGCAGAAGGUAUCCGAGUACGAACUGAUGCAACACGCCUUGAAGAAAGAUGCGUCCGUCGUCGAGAUUGCGUCCAAGGAUUCGGAAAGCGUUCAGACAGUCGACAACAUGGAGACCACUUCCAGCGAGUUGGAUCUUGCGCUAUACAUGCUUCAUCAGAGAGAUGUCAGAUGCGAGGAGUUGACUCACGAACUAAUGCAAUUGCUCGAAGAGCGAGAUACGCUACAACUGCGACUGUCUAAUGCGAUUCGAGUGAAUGAAGAAUUGAGAAGGAUGGGUAACGUUGAAGGGAGCCCAACAAAAGACUUAUCAUCGGCCUCGCAAACGGUGAUUGAACCCAUCGUGGAACAACCUUCGCCUUCGAAGUCCGAGGGACCAGUUGAGAUCGCAAAAGAAGCCAUUGAUAUCCCGAUCGAGGACAAAGAAGCUCUUGCAUUGAAAUUGUCGCAGUUGCAUUCAGUCAGUCACACGAAGGACGUGCGAUUAAAGGACGAACGGAAGCUGAACAUACGCAACAAAUGUCUUUGUUAG